AUGUUCCUUGCGCACGGAAACUUGGCCGUGGUGCUGCUGGCGCUUUUCGUCAGCCUAUCGUUAGCCUUGCAGCGCGUGGACGAUGCGGUGCCGAAGCCGCGGGAACCCGGACAGCAACGGAGCUUGAUCGGUAGCGUGCGCCCUCUAGCGGGAAUUUCACGGACGGGCCGUUUCCUGCUGCCGGCCGAUUUUGCCGUGAAGCAGAAAAAGUACAGCAUCGGUACGCGGGGCGUGGGAACGUUCUUUCGCGCCUGGCGCAACUGCAUCGAGGAGGGUAAAGGUCUGGCCACCAUAGAGAGCGCCGAGGAGCAGGCGUUUUUGGAGUCUAUGCUACAGUCGAUCUCAUCGAAAACCCGUUACUGGAUUGGCGCUACCAACCUGGGUGCCGUAGACAACACCACGCUGACGUGGAUUACCACGGACCUACCGGUGCAAACUGCACCCGACUCGAUAGAUUUAACAGCAGACGGCUGCUAUACACUGAGUCCUUCUGGAUAUUGGAAAAGGCAUAGCUGCGACGGUUCGGAAAAGGCUCAUCCGUACCUCUGUGAAGAGUACUACUAA